AUGAAAGCUAUCGUGCAAUCCAUAUCCUCUCGUGUACCAUACAGUUUUGACUUCCCAGUGAAGGUUACAGACUUAGAGGAAAAGUUGUGCUUUUUGAUUAGUUACUGUUGCGCAUUGUGCAGCAACACGGACACCUUGAUUACCUACUGUUGCUCAUCGUGCAGUUACACAGACACCUUAAUUAGUUACUGUUGCUCAUUGUGCAGUAAAACAAACACCUUAAUUAGUUACUGUUGCUCAUCGUGCAGUUACAGAGACAUCUUGAUUAGUUAUUAUUGCGCAUUGUGCAGUUACACAGACACCUUGACUAGUUACUGUUGCUCAUCGUGCAGUUACACAGACACCUUGGUUAGUUACUGUUGCGCAUCGUGCAGUUACACGGACACCUUGAUUAGUUACUGUUGCGCAUUGUGCAGUUGCUCUUACACUUUGAUCAGUCCAAACUCGAACCAAAGACGCCGUGGCCGACAGACCUACACGAGGUUUCAAACUCUAGAAUUGGAGAAAGAGUUCAAGUUCAACCGCUACCUGACACGGCGCAGAAGAAUCGAACUGUCACACAUGUUGUGUCUAACGGAGCGACAAAUCAAAAUUUGGUUUCAAAACCGGCGAAUGAAAGAGAAAAAAGAACUGCAAGCAAUCAAAGAACUUAACGAGCAAAGCAGAGGCCAGGAGAAAGCAGUACAACAACAACAACAACAACAACAGAUAUCAACGUCAUCUUCGAGUAAAUCAGAAGACAAACUGUCUUCGCUAACUUCUUCAUCGUCACAAAACGCAGUCGAGUCGCCCAACAGUUCCGGCUCCGAGCACAGUUGA